UAAUAUAGUUAGCUGAUGUAAACAAAAUAAAUAUUGUCGAUAAAAUUUGACCAAUAUCCAAUAAAGUAAACAAAAUAUUAUUUUACUAUCAAUAGCUUAAAUGUUUAAUGCACAUCAUUAAACAAUUAGUUCUUAAAUGCAAAUUUAAGUUUUCUUAAUAAAUCAUACUUCAAGAUAUAAAUAACUGUAAAAUAUAAAAACAUGACAAAGAUUGAGAGGAAAAAACAAGAAUUCAAUGUGGAAAUAAACCAAAAUCGUAUUAAUUACUUGUAUCAACUGAGUACAGUUGUGGCUGAGCAAUGUCCUGGCUUAUCAUCAACAUAUAACUCUAUAUUGAAAGGCUUAUCUCAAAAAAGUUUACUAAGAGUUGAUCCAGAAAUAAAAAGAAAUAUCUGUAAAGGUUGUGAUACUAUGCUUAUACCAGGAAAAACUGUUACAUGUCGUAUAAUAAAAAAGUCUAAAGGCACAAUUAAAUGGUCAUGUAAUUUUUGUGGAAAGUCAAAGACAUUUAGAAAAAAUAACAAUAAUUGCAUAUGGUCGGAAAACCCAAAUUUUUUGUUACAAACUGUUAUUCAUGAUUAAUAAAAUAAAAUAAUUUUUUACCUGUUAA